CUAUAUCCCGGGCUGCAGGGGCUUGAGAGCUGCUGAGAUUUAACACUUCAGCACCUGCUGCCUCUGGGGGAAGCAGUGGUGGAGCUUCGGCUUCUGUUUUUUUUCUCCUUGUUGGGUACCACACACAACCGCAACCGUGUCUCGCCAGCGAGCCAAGAUGUCCAAAGUGGCCAAAUAUCGGCGACAAGUAAGCGAAGAUCCGGAUAUUGACAGUUUGUUAUCGACGCUGUCUCCGGAAGAGAUGGAAGAGCUGGAAAAGGAGCUGGACGUGGUGGAUACGGAUGGAAGCAUCCCGCUGGAGCUCAGUCAGAAAAACCAAACGGAGAACUCCCCGCCUGGCCCGCAAAACUGCGACACGGUGCUCAACCACUGCGAGAAGGAGCCCAGGAAACGUCUUCAGAGGGAACAGUCCGUGGACGAAAGCAGAUUGAGCGAGAAGAAGGGAGCCAAGAAUGAAGAAGAAAAGGGAAAAGAAGCUCCUUCCAAAGACCCGGCCCGGAAACAAGAUACAAAAGCGGGAAAAGACUCUAAAAAGGAAGAAAACGUUCAGAAAACAGACCCCAAAGUGAAAGCUGAGGCUGAGAGCAAGACCAAGGAGGAGAAGGCUAUCAACGACAAAGUCAAGGCCAUGGAGAAAAAGCUGAUGGGGAAGGACAAAAAGGAGGAAGACAAAGGCUCAGCCUUAAAGAAGGAUGUGGGGAAGGAUAAAAAGGAGGAGGAAAAGGGCUCAGCGUUAAAGAAAGACACGGGGAAGGAUAAAAAGGAAGAAGAAAAAGGCUCAGCGUUAAAGAAAGACACAGGGAAGGAUAAAAAGGAAGAAGAAAAGGGCUCGUCAUUAAAGAAGGAUGCAGAGAAGGAUAAAAAGCAGGAAGAGAAGGAGUCAGCAGCAAAGAAGGACACAGGGAAGGAUAAAAAAGAAGAAGAAAAGGGUUCUGCAUUGAAGAAGGGCACAGGGAAGGACAAGAAGGAGGAAGAGAAGAGUUCGGGAUUAAAGAAAGAGGCAGAAAAAGACACAAAGGGAGAAGAUAAGAAAGAAAAGGACAAAAAGGAAGAGGAAAAGAGUUCAGCUUUGAAAAAAUCAAAGUCAGACGAGAAGGAGAAAUCCCAACCAGAGGCAGAAACGGCAGCAGAGGAGAAACAGGAGUCCAAGGCAGCGGCCACGAGCAGCCCCUCCAAGCCCACCAGCUCCCCGGAUCAGGCCAAGGAUGACGAAGCCUCCAGCAUUUUCGAUGAGCUCAUCGAGAAGGUGAAGAACAACGACGCCGAGGUGACGGAGGUGAACGUGAACAACUCGGACUGCAUCAACAACGAGACUCUGGUGCGCUUCACCGAGGCCCUGGAGUUCAACACCGUGGUCAAGCUCUUUGCCUUGGCCAACACCCGCGCCGACGACCACGUGGCCUUCGCCAUCGCCAUCAUGCUGAAGUCCAACAAGGUGCUGACGAGCAUCAACCUGGACUCCAACCACAUCACGGGCAAGGGCAUCCUGGCCAUUUUCCGGGCGCUGCUGCAGAACAACACGCUGACGGAGCUGCGUUUCCACAACCAGCGGCACAUCUGCGGGGGGAAGACGGAGAUGGAGAUCGCCAAGCUCCUGAAGGAAAACACCACGCUCCUCAAGCUGGGCUAUCACUUUGAGCUGGCCGGCCCGCGCAUGACGGUCACCAACCUGCUGAGCCGAAACAUGGACAAACAGAGGCAGAAACGCCUCCAGGAGCAGAAACUGGCACAGGAGCGUGGGGAGAAGAAAGACCUCCUGGAGGUGCCCAAGGUCGGAGCUCUGCCCAAAGGGUCCCCCAAGCCAUCCCCGCAGCCAUCCCCCAAGGCUUCCCCCAAAAGCUCUCCCAAGAAAGGGGGAGGUCCUGCUGCGCCACCUCCGCCUCCUCCUCCGCUUGCCCCACCGCUCAUCAACGAGAACCUGAAGAACUCACUCUCGCCGGCCACGCAGAGGAAGUUGGGAGACCGGGCACUGCCCAUCCAGGAGAAGAACUCGCGGGACCAGCUCCUGGCCGCCAUCCGCUCCAGCAACCUCAAACAGCUCAAGAAGGUGGAGCUACCGAAGCUGCUGCAGUAGGGGGUGGGAGGACGCUCCCCCCGCGGCCCCCGGGGACACCGGCCUUUCUGGUGCCUGUUUCCAUGACCAGCCCUUUGGGAGCCUGCAGUGACCGACACCGAGGAGCAGCCAUCUCUUGGGGACGGACGGACGGAUGGACAGAUGGACAGAUGGAUGGACAGACGAAGGGCCACCACGGCCGUUGGACGCGGCGCGGGAGGAAGACGUUGUAUUUAUUAUUUUUAACGGUUGUGACACCUUCAAGCUCUUUCUUUUGCCAGCACCGUGUCCCGCCCGGUGACACCGAGGAUGGAGGAGGGAACCCCCGGGGCUUGGCACCCCCACCCCAUCCCAACUUGCCCACCGGGCCCCCGGGGUGGUCCAGCCCGGGGCAAGCAGAGGGACCCCCCCAUACUCCCCCAGCCCCAACCAUGCCUGGAGGGGACAACCAGAUUGUUGUCACAACGUGCCACCCCCCAGGGUGGCAGGGACAGUGGUGGGGUGGCAGCGGGUGGGAUGGUGGGUUGGU